AGCAAUAUUAACAUAUAAGAUGGUAUUAAGAACCACUCGUACCUUUUACCAUUUUUAAUAUUUGCAUUACUAGUAAAAGAAAGUGUAGCUAGUGGAUAACUUUUACUUGGGUCCCAUCUCUUGUUAAAAAUGAUCCUGUAAAAAGUGUUACUUUUAAUCUUUAUAGCUAGUGGAAGCCUAUUUAAUAGGUAGCCCAAUCUAAUUAGUGGACAAAGUAAACCUUUUCUUCAUCUAUAUUCCCCCACAAAAAAAAAAAAUGUCUGAAUCCAAAACUUCUGUUAAACUUCAUAUAUUAGACAUUUCUGAGCCAGAAUUAGACCCUUCUUCUCUAUCUUCCUUAGCUGAAACCUGCAAAACUUGGGGAUUCUUCCACAUAACCAAUCAUGGGAUUUCAAGUGAUCUUUACAACAAAAUAUGUUCCUUGUCAAAUGAUCUCUUUAGCCUCCCUUCUGAAACUAAACUCAAACUUGGUCCUUUCUCUUCUAUAAAGACUUAUACUCCUCAUUUCUUAGCUUCUCCAUACUUUGAAAGCCUCAGAGUUUCUGGUCCAAACUUCCUUGCAUCUGCUCAAAGUUCAGCUGAUGUGCUCUUUGACAAACAGAGUUCUCUUUUCAGUGAGAUGCUACAAGAAUAUGGGAGCAAGAUGGCAGAACUGUCAAAGAAAAUUAUGAAGAUUUUAUUGAUGUGCUUAGGGGAUGACUUUAAGAAUAAGUUCUUUGAGUCUGAGUUCAACAAAUGUCAUGGUUAUCUCAGAAUAAACAACUAUUCAGCUCCUGAAAGUAUCGAAGAUGAGGUUGAAGGGCUUGGAAUGCACACUGAUAUGAGCUGUGUAACAAUUGUGUACCAAGAUAAAAUAGGAGGGCUUCAAGUGAGGUCAAAGGAGGGAAAAUGGAUGGACAUAAGCCCAUGUGAGGGGACCCUUUUGGUGAACAUAGGAGACAUGUUGCAAGCUUGGAGCAAUGAGAAGUUAAGAUCCUCAGCACACCGGGUGGUUUUGAGGCGGCCUCAGAACCGGUUUUCUAUAGCUUUCUUCUGGUGUUUUGAGGAUGACAAAGUGAUCUUGGCACCAAAUGAGGUUGUAGGUAAAGAAAAUGAGAGAAUUUACAAGCCUUUUGUUUGCUUGGAUUACUUGAAGUUCAGAGAGAAUAAUGAGAAAGGCAAGUUUGAAAAAGUUGGGUUUACAGUAAAAGAUUUUGCUGGUGUCAAAGUCUGGGCAAGUACUGUAAGUUUGUAAAGUAUUCAUUCAAAGCUUAGGUGCUCUAAUUAAGUACUCUCAGCAGUAGAAAUGGUACUGUAAUAUAUAUCAAUCAGUACUCUUGAACUGAAGAGAUAACAAUAAAAUUGUGGGGUUUAGUUGGGUUUGGCUAAAAGCUUUUGAUUUGUUUGAUAAUACAAGUUACUGGCUUGGCUAGUACUUUCGAGAAGUUUGACUUGGUGGGGUUUAUGAGAGGUUUUUCUUUCAAAUCAUGCACUUUUUUUAAUGGGAAUAAUAUUCUGGAUCAAACAUUGACUAUACAUACUAUUCAUAUCCAUUAGUCGAAACUCUACCUGUAAUGGAGCUGAAGUGGUAUAGGGACAUUAAUUUAAUUUCCAUUGAAUU